AUGAUCUGUUUUUGGAAUAAAUCAGAUAAGAAGAUAGACGAGAUGAUGGGUGCAGUUGGAGUCAUUCUGGUGUUGUCUUCCUGUUGCUUGUCUUUGCUGGAUGCACAACAGAUCACUCAUCCGCUUGAUGUUAGUGCUCUGCAGGCUGUUCGUCGCAAACUCAAGGACCCUAUGUAUCAUCUUCAGGACUGGAAAAAGACGGAUCCAUGCGCCUCUAACUGGACCGGUGUCUUAUGCGUCGCUGAUCCUUCCGAUGGCUUUCUUCAUGUUAAAGAGUUGCGAUUGCUCAAUAUGAACCUCACCGGAACACUGGCUCCUGAACUCAGCCGUCUAGCAAAUCUCACCAUAUUGAACUUUAUGUGGAACGAUCUCACCGGUCAGGUUCCGCCAGAAGUAGGCAACUUGACUCAACUUAUCUUCUUGCUACUAAGUGGAAAUCAACUGACGGGGCCUUUGCCUCAAGAACUCGGCUCUCUUUCCAAUCUAUUAAUCCUUCAGAUAGAUUACAAUGACCUUAGCGGAGAACUCCCCACGUCCUUAGCAAAUCUGAAAAAACUGAAGCACUUUCACAUGAACAACAACUCAAUCACGGGUCAGAUUCCGCCUGAGUACUCUUCCUUAUCCGACGUUCUGCACUUACAACUGGACAAUAACAACUUCGUUGGGACAGAGAUCCCAUCUUCCUACGGAAAGAUACCCAAUCUCGUCAAACUGAGUCUCAGAAACUGCAAUUUACAAGGAGCAGUUCCUGAUUUGAGCAGAUCACCGGUUCUCUAUUACUUAGAUCUUUCCUCCAACAAACUCACAGGAGAGAUUCCCAAGAACAGGUUUUCUGGGAACAUCACAACUAUGUCUCUGCAGAACAACAACUUAAGCGGAGAGAUUCCUGUGAUAUGGGAGAAGAGAAGCUUUGCUGCAGAGGCGAAACUUACCCUGGACUUGAGGCACAACUUGUUUACAAAUGUGUCAGGCCUUCUAAACCCUCCUUCCAAUGUCACGGUCAAGCUUUACGGAAACCCAGUAUGUGCAAGAGUUAAUGAACCAAACAUAGCUCAACUCUGUGGCGUCUCAACAGUAGAGGUGGAAUCUCCAGGAAGUUCGUCGGAAAACUCGAGCAGGGGAGAAUGCAAACGCCAGUCCUGCCCCUUGAGCGAAAACUACGACUACGUGAUUGGCUCUCCAGUUCCAUGUUUCUGCGCUGCGCCCCUUGGCGUUGGACUUCGUCUCAGGAGUCCAAGUUUCUCUGACUUCCGACCUUACACCGUCUCCUACUUGCUCGAUGUGGCCUCCAAACUCGGGAUAAGUCUCUAUCAGCUGUCUAUUGAAUCAUUCUCAUGGCAUUCCGGUCCAAGGCUAGCCAUCAACAUGAAGGUUUUCCCCGAGUACAGUGACUUGAACAGUAAAUUCAACACCACGGAGCUUGAACGCAUUGUUGACUUUUUUGCAACUUUCUCUCUGGAUACCGAUGAUUCUCUUGGCCCCUACGAGAUUAUGUAUAUCAACCUCCUGGGUCCUUACAAAGACGUUACUCUCGAACAGCCGUAUAACACCACGAGAAUGAGCCAAGGCGUCAAAGUUGGUAUCAUUGUAGGAGCCAUUGCUUUCUUCCUUGCAUUAUGCUCUCUAGCGCUGGUUCUCUUCAUCAAGAGAAGAAAACAGAAGAGAAAAGCUAAGCAAGUGGACAUGGAACAACAAAGGCCCAUACCUAAAUCUCCAAUGAACAUGGAGAGCGUGAAGGGUUACAAUUUCAUGGAACUUGAUUCGGCAACAAGCAGGUUCAGUGAUCUCUCCCAGAUUGGCAGAGGAGGGUACGGGAAGGUGUACAGAGGGCAUUUACCAGGUGGCCUGGUAGUGGCGGUGAAACGUGCAGAGAAAGGAUCUCUGCAGGGCCAAAAGGAGUUCUACACGGAGAUCGAGUUGCUCUCACGGCUACACCACCGAAACCUUGUUUCUUUGCUUGGCUACUGCGAUGAGAAAGGAGAGCAGAUGGUGGUAUAUGAGUUCAUGCCCAACGGGUCUCUUCAAGACGCACUCUCUGCGAGGUUCAGGCAGGCGCUGAGUUAUGCGGUGAGGCUGAGAAUAGCACUGGGGUCAGCGAGGGGGAUUCUGUAUCUGCAUACAGAAGCGGACCCACCAAUCAUCCACCGAGACAUCAAACCCAGCAACAUUCUGCUAGACAAGAGGCUGAACCCUAAAGUGGCAGACUUUGGGAUCUCAAAGCUCAUAGCACUAGACGGGGGUGGGGUGCAAAGGGAUCACGUAACUACCAUCGUCAAAGGCACCCCUGGAUACGUGGAUCCAGAAUACUACUUGAGCCACAGGCUGACAGAGAAGAGUGACGUGUACAGCCUGGGCAUCGUGUUUCUGGAGAUUCUCACAGGAAUGCGCCCCAUCUCACACGGGAGGAACAUCGUCCGAGAGGUGAAGGAAGCGUGCGAGGCCGGGAUGAUGCUGUCGGUGAUAGACCGGAGCAUGGGGGAGUACUCGGAGGGGUGCGUCAAGAGAUUCAUGGAACUGGCCAUCAGGUGCUGCCUGGAUGACCCAGAAGCGCGUCCGAGGAUGCUGGAGAUCGUGAGGGAGCUGGAGAACCUGUACGGGAUGCUUCCGCAACAAGAGAAGCCAUAUGCAAGCCCUUCCGUGCAAUCCUCUGCUUCUGGGAUCUCGGGGCUUGCCUCUUAUACUAAUACCUUCUCACAGUUCACAGCUAACGAGCUCGUCAGUGGUGUCAUUCCCUCCAUCGCACCCCGCUAAAUCUUUUCAUUAUUAUUGCACUUUGUUCUGGAACGAGUUUGUGCCUUUUUUUUUCCUUUCUUUAUCAUCUUUGAUGCCUC